UUAUUGUUAAUUCGUCAUAGCGGCUUUCCAAUUAGCGCCAGAUGCAUAAUUUACCAGGAAAAGCUGAAAAUCUGCACAAAAUUUACGUCUCUUCGAAGCGUACCCAUUUAUUUGCGAAAAGCAGCGUUUUUACAAGAGGGAAAUUAUUAAAAAACUAACGUUGUCGCGGCCUUUAACGCCAAGACAGUAAAAACCGGCACGUGAAGGUCGGCCGAACGAAGAUGCGAUAUAGCGAACGUCGUCGCGCGGUGGGUGUUUAAUUAAUCAGAAAAUCCAGCUACAGUCGAGGCUUCUGUUGUAUCUGUUGCCCUAUGAUUAAUACCAACUACUUCAUUAAUAACUGUUUCUGUCACAGCGGCUCGCAUGGUUCCCCGAAAUGGAAGCUGUGUGCAGGGAAAAACGUGAUGUAUUUGCCUCGCGGCGCUUUUGCUCAGUCGCGGUCGCCGAUAUAAAUGUUCAACGGACAACUUCAUUAACCUGCAAUGCAUCUUAAUCUCAACCGUCUUAUAAUUCUGUCUCGUUUUUAAUUUUUAACUAUCAAAUUCUGGAACCGGAUAUGCAUUUCGUGUUGCCAGAUUGAUUGCAUGUUGAUUAAUAAACAAGCGUUAUACAAAAAGAUCUGGACGAUUUAUUUUUGAUUGGCACAAUGACCUUUAAUACGUUAAGCGGUCCGCCGCUGGAGGUCGUCGUUACCGAUGAGAAGAUGACGCGCGCCGAUAUUGUGCGGGCGGCUAUUGCCAGCAAAUGGGAAGAGUAUUCCGAUGAUUCUUUUUUCCUCUUGAAUCUCGACAGGAUAAUCGAGAAUGUCGCCAACUGGAAACGGCAUUUGCCACGCGUCGAUUUAUUUUAUGCGGUGAAAUGUGAUUCCAAUCCGGUUAUCCUCCGUUUACUCUCCGCCCUGGGCUGCGGCUUCGACGUGGCCACCAAAUCCGAGAUCCAGUUGACCUUUCCCUACGUCCUCAACCCCGACCGCCUGGUCUACUCCAACACCUGCAAAUCCGUCUCCAACCUCCUCCACUCCGCCCACCACAACAUCCGCCUGACUGUCUUCGACAGCGAAGACGAACUCGUGAAACUCCAAACCUACCACCCGACGGCCCAGUUGAUGGUACGCCUCCGCUACGACAACCCACACGCCAAGAUCCAGAUGCACGGCCGUUUCGGCGUGUACGAAGCCACCGCCCGCACGCUGAUCCAGAGCGCCUGGGACCGCGGCCUGGACGUCGUGGGCGUGGCCUUCCACGUCGGGGUGGGCGUCAGCGGGACGGCCGACGCCCACGUCGGCGCCGUGGAGGUCGCCAAGCGGCUCUUCGACUUCGCCGCCGCCCACGGGCGGCCCUUCUCCAUCCUGGACAUUGGCGGCGGCUUCCGCGGCGACUGGAGCGACGCGCCGGUGACCUUUCCCCACUUCUGCGCAGCCCUCAACGCCGGCCUGGACCGGCACUUCCCGCCCGCCUCCGGGGUGCGGAUCAUCGCCGAGCCCGGGCAGUUCGUGGUGACCACGGCGCAGUCGUUGUUCGUGCCGGUGAUCGGCGUGAAAGCGCUGGAAGAGGAGCAGCGCCAGCCCGGUUAUAUAUUGUCCGACGGGGUUUACGGUUCGUGCCGGAACAUCGAGAUCUUCAAGCCGAAAUUAAAGGUGCGUGUACAUCCGGUCGAUGGGCCUUCGUAUUGCUGCAGCGAGAAGCCGGGUCAACCGUCAACGCUCUACGGACCGACGUGCAGUCCUUUGGAUGUUAUCGCACAGGAUUUGCAUCUACCGGCAUUGGUCAGCGGAACGUGGUUGGAGAUUGAGAAUAUGGGUAACUACGCGAAGGAACUGUCGUCCGGGUUCAACGGCGUCCCUAAGGCGGAGAUUAUCGUGUGUAUAUCAUCGGAUUAUCUGCAUUUGCUGCGGUGACCUUCGAGUUUUUUUUUGUAAUGUGGGACAAAUUGGUUUUUUUGCGCUUCGGCGUUGGCUGUGUAUCUAGCGGUGUAUAUCGAACAGUACUGUGACAAGAGGAGGUGCAACAUGGCUGCUCUCCUUAGGAGUUGGACGCAAGUGACCUUUAUGGAGCGAGCGUUUAGUAUUAGCGGGAAACUGACUUCCUAUAAAGAGUUUAUGGCACUGUUAAUAUGAGAUAAUUCAUCAAACUUUGGCCAAAUAAAA